AUGGCCUCGGCACCACACUACACCUCGACCCUCCUACGCCACGCGCUGCCUCUCAUUCCACGCCACGGCUUCUCCCUCCACACACUACAACUCGCUUCCCAAGCUGUUCCCUCCCCUUCCUCCCCUUCCUCCCCUUCCUCCCCUUCCUCGCCCCUCUCCCUUUCGACUCUGAACGCCCUCUUCCCUUCCCCACCACCCCGUUCCCACCCUUCUACACGACGACAUCCGAGCGGAACCGCUUCCCCACGCAAGGCCUUGACAAGGGAACAACUGAUUCGAGACGCACGAGCGCAAGCACAAUCUGGAACGGCCUCGACUUCUCGAUCACGACUGGACGACUUUGAUGCGAUCGAUGCAGACGCCCAGCCUACGAUCGGAGUAGGACCCUUGAAGGCUUUGGUCCAGGCUUGGUUGGAGCAAGGCAGGACGGAGAUGGUCGAACAGCUCACAGUCGGCCGAGGGAAGGCGGACCAGGAUCAGUUGGUCAAGCUGGGCCUGAGGCACAGGAUCAAGUACAACGAGCCCGUGGUCGAUCAACUGGUGGAGGUGAGCUCUUUGCAUCACCUCGUGCUGUAAGAACACACCGGGCACUGACACUUUUCCAUCCAAUAGGCCCUGGCCCUGCUCGGCGCCCCAACCUCGACCCCACUGUCCUCCCCCUCCGCUCUCCUCCCCUUCCCUUCCCCCUUGCCCCACUUUGAACACGUCGCACGCAUAGCCCACGACUUGGCCGCAGCCUCCGGCGACGAAUCACAAGGGGUGAAUACCAUCCAGCCUACGUAUAGCAACGAAACCCCCAACAUCCUGAUCAAACUUUCUCGUCCUACAGCUCGAGUGGUAUUCGGUCCGAGCCUCCCUCGGAACCCUCUACGGCCUUUCGGAACUGCAUCAACUUUCCCCCCAACUACAAGGCCUCGACCCCUCCCAACGUACACUAGAAACCUACGAUUUUCUAGAUCGGAUCUGGGACAAGUCCGAUGGGUUGGCGGGCGUAGGUGCUUUCGCCACGUGGGUGCGCAGGAGUUGGACGGGGAUGGGAAGAAGUUUGGGCUCGUAG